CAAUGUUCCAAAGUAUUAGACAGACAUCGUCCGAAGCGGUUGUACUGCUGAGAGCUGAAAUGUUGGAUUGAAGUGUACCUGUAAUCAUAAAAUUACAUAAUACAGAUAUAACUACAAGAAUGGAUAUCAUCUUUCUUACAUUAUGUACUUUAUGCAUGGUUGUAAUUCUGCAAAUUUUGCGGAUGAUGCAUAGACAAUAUGUUACUUGGAGUAAAGUCAGACAUCUUCCUCAGAAUGGGUAUCCUUUUAUUGGCAGUUCUCUUGCGCUAAUAAAAAUGUUAGGUCAAGAACGACUACAAUGGUGUCUGUCACUCAUGAACAGCUUUAAAGAAGGUAUAGUCUUAGAAUGGAUUGCAGGCAUGCCGGUAAUAUUUAUAUUUAAGCCCGAAUUUGUUCAGCCUAUUUUGACUAGUACUGCGAAUAUCGAUAAGGGAAUAUUUUAUAGACUGAUGAAACCUAUGUUGGGAGAAGGACUUAUCACUUCUACAGGAACACAAUGGGUCCACGAUAGGAAAUUCAUUGCGCCAACAUUCCAUACAAGUAUAUUGAACAAAUAUAUCAUGACUACAUCGGAAAAAACAACUAUCCUAAUAAAAUGUCUCGAGAGAGAAAUCGAAAGAAAUUCAGGCAAUGCUAUCGAUAUUGUUCCUUUCGUUGGAAAAGUUAUUCUCGAUAUUACAUGCGAUACAGCAAUGGGAGUGAAUUUACGAAUCCAGGAAGCUGAAAAUGAAAUAGAGUCUGUAAUAGAUAGAAUGUUUCAAUUAACCUUUGAGCGGCUACUUCAACCGUGGUUCUGGAUUGAUUGGCUCUACUAUCUGUCGAGUAGUGGAAGAGAAUAUAAAUCAGUACUUAAUAAAUUUCAAAAAUUUUCAAACGAGAUAAUGCGCAAGAAAAAAGCUUUACGGCAAUCACAAAGCAACCAUGUCAGUAUAAAUAAUGAAGACGAAUUUGACAUAGGUGCACGAAAGAAAAAAGGCUUUUUAGAUUUGCUGUUAGACGAGAACGAAAAAACUGACAAUCCCUUAAGUGAUGAUCAAUUGCAGGCACAGGUUCAUACAUUUUUGCUUGCAGCCUAUGAUACAACUGCAGCUGCAACAUUAUGGACGAUUUUCCUCUUGGGUAAUAAUCUCGAGCAUCAAGAGAAACUUCACGAAGAACUUGAGAAAUAUUCUCAAGAUACGGAAACACUAGCUGAUGGAACCAAGUUAUCGCAGUUAAAAUAUCUUGAUAGAGUAAUAAAAGAAGCGCUUAGAUUAUUUUCAGCCGUACCUGUCAUCACAAGGUAUCUAACUGAAGACGUAAAAAUAGGUGAUUACAUACUUCCGCAAAAUGUAGAAGUUGCGUUGCCAAUUGCAGCAAUUCAUCAAAAUCCAGAACUUUGGCCAGAACCAACAAAGUUUGAUCCGGAUCGGUUCCUUCCAGAAAAUUCGAGACACAGAAGUUCGUAUGCCUAUAUUCCAUUCAGUGGUGGGCCAAGAAACUGCAUUGGUCAGAAAUUUGCUUUACUUUCAAUGAAAAUCGUAUUAACGGCGAUUUUCAGAAAGUGGAGGGUAAAAAGCGUAAAAACUCGAUUCGAUACGAUUCGUACCACUAUCUCGAUCACUUAUCGACCAGACGAAGAGGUUUUCGUUUAUUUCACUCCAAAGUAAUAACUGGCUACUUCUUCGGACUAUUAUUAUAUCUUACACAGUAUUCUAUUUGUUCCUGUGCUAAACUGUGGGCUACAUAAAAUACUAUUGAUAUUAUAUUACUAUUAUUAUGUUGUUAUAUUAUUUUACUUUAGUAUUGUAGUAAGAGUUUAAGGGCUGUAUGUAUGUAAUGAACAAAUAAUAUUAACGCGUUUGCGACCGGCGGUCUGACGCGAGCCUUAGCCCAAUGAGCAGGCAAUAUUUUUUAAAUGUUUUUUAAAUUUUGAUUUUACAUUGAUUUUACAUUGUACAAUUUUAAUGUUAAAAUAAUAUUUAUUAAAUAGUUAUUAAAUAUUUAUUUAAUAACUAUUUAAUAGUUAUUCAUCCUCUCGUUGACUUGUCAACCAGGCAAAGAGGUUUUCUUUUAUUUCAUUCCGAAGAAAUAACUUCCGAAGAAAUAACGAAUAUUAUAAUAUAUAAUAUUAAAUGUAUAAUAAAGAUAACUGAGAUUGCAUAAUAAAA